AUGGAUACAUCCAUCCUAUUAAAAAACAACAGCAACAAUAACAAUAACAAUACUAAUGCUAGUGAUAAGAAAAGCUUCUAUGAAGGCUUUGAUGAGAUUACAGGCAGUAUCUUUAGUGACUUUGGUCGUUCAGACCCUUUUGUCAUUGAUGGUGAUGGUCUGAUCCUGGCAAUAGCCGUGCAUGGCAAAGGAAAGAGCAAACUCUUUGAUUGCAACUACCGCACCCAGUCACUCUUCUUCUUCCACUGCUUCGACUGGUAUCUCCACAACCUAUGGUCGCGCAAGACCCGCUUCACCGUCUUCUUCUGCAAAGACAAUGAACGAUUCUACAAGAAUCACAAUCUUUUGCUCAUAAGAAAGCAAUGUAUCCAACACUACUGUGGCAGUAGCUUCUCGCAUCCAGAUAUCAACUUCAAGUUGUUUGAGGGAGAUUGGAACACCGACCGGGAGGUCCUUAACAACAUCAUUGAGUACUUUACUCAGGGUCACUUCAUGUUCCUCAUGACUCUAAUGCCAUUGCAUUAUAUAGAUAACUACUAUGAUUCCAAGGCUUUAAAGGCCUUCAUCAGUGAGAGCACAGCAUACUUUAUGAACAUUGUUGAGCUUCAUACUCUGUCGUUCAGAGGCUCGCAUGCUCAUUCAUUCAUCUACACAUUCCGAGGAGGCUCGGAAGGUAGGGGACAGUUAAUCCAGUUCAAGUCAAAGACAAACAUUGCAUUCAAGAUGGAGCCAGAGUUCAUUGGACAUCUGGAAGCCAGCAAUGCAUACUCAAGACAGACACCAAGGGCCAGACUCCAUAUAGCCUCUGUCGCCAGGCUAUUGCAGAUCCGCAACGCGCCUGCCCAAAAAGAGGUUGCUAACCUCGACAAUGACAUGCUCUACGCAUUCUGUCUCUACCUCGCACUUAUGGAGGUAGUUCCACUGCGCGAGAGAACGUUUGACAUACCUCUCAGCAUCAACAAGGAAUCAAAGUACCAAGAGGACUACUUUGACAAGUUCAAGAAGGUAGCCGAGUCCAUCAACUGGGUCACCCACACCAACUUUGACGUCCUCCUGAGCAAUGAAGACCAGAACGACCUCAUUCUCAUGGAUAUGUUCGACCUCAAGUACCUACUAUUCAUUCAUCUACACGUUGCCAGUGGCACCCAAAUGGAGACUGCAGUGGACGAGUCCGUGGUCAAAGCUGCCAAGGACAUUUGGUCGAUAUUCACCCAGAUGCCAAGGCCCGCGGUGGCAAUGAGUGAGUUCCUUCAAGGCAGUGCAUCAGAUGAUCAAUCACGAUGGGCCAAGGAGGUGUUGAGCAACAUUGCCAACAACACUGCCGUCAACUCAAAGUUCACGGCCAAGCUUCAUCGUAUCCACAAUCCUUUCCUGGACCAAUUAAACAUGGAGGCUGUUGGCGAGUUUGUGACGGCCAACGAGGCCCUCCCGCCACGAGUGGACGAGAAUGACCAAGAGUUCUACGCCAUCACUCACUAUCACAACAAGGUGCUGCUGACACAUCCAGAUGCCUUCACCAUCAGCAUCAAGGAUGAGUUCAAAACAUCAUCAAAGUACUCAGAGAAGGGCAAACAAAAAAGUGCAUUGAAGUUCUUCAAGGCUGCUCAGACAUUAUAUGAUGUGAAUAAGAAGUUGAUCAUAACCAACCUGGAUGAUGACAAGAAGCAGCAGCAGAGCGAGGAGUCCAAGAAGAACUAUCAGGUGUACAAACAGGACAACUCCAAGAAUGUAAAGAUCAAGAAGAAGGAUUUGUCAACCGAGGUCAAGGAUGCAAAGGAGAAGAAGGAGCUGGACACAUUGAAGUACAACCUCAAGAGUGCCGACACCUUGAAGAAGUUGACCGACGCGCUGGGCGAUCCACAGCCUGGCAUAAAUUAUCUCAACUACGCCGCAAUCGGUCUGAAUAGGAUGAGCAAGUACUACAAGGCAUCCGACUCCAAGGCACUCUACCAACUGAUCCAACGCUUCCUACGUGACCUGGACGAGCCCUUUGAGCUUGUGGCCCGUGGCAAGGGCUCAGAAGAUCACAAGGACUUCCUCAUAUGUCUCCACAAGGCGUCCAAGUUGUUGGACAUCAAUGGUCUGAGCAACGCCCUCAACAUCAAGUUCAAGCUCGGCCUGGUCAUGCUGCCAGAGGAGGGCUCAAUCAAUCCAAUCGACUUCCAGCUAUCGACGGCACACGACACACUAAUCAGAAGUACCGAGCAGAUGAAGGAUGACCGAAUCAAACACUUUGCACCCGAUGAAUGGCAGCGACGUUUGCUCGACGUGGUCGACAACAAAGAGUCAGCCCUUAUCGUCGCACCAACCUCCAGUGGAAAGACAUUCAUCUCAUUCUACGCGUUCGAGAAGAUAUUGAAGCAAUGUAAUGAUGGUAUUGUGGUGUACGUGUCACCAACCAAGGCAUUGGUCAAUCAGAUGUACUCUGAGGUGCUUGGACGAUAUGAGAAGAACUAUGAGAACAUCGUUGGUUCACAUGCCGCCGCAAGAUAUCGCUUGGCUGGCGUGUUCACAAGGGACUUCCGCAUUGAUCACGAGAACUGCCAGGUCCUGAUCACCGUGCCCCAGUGUCUGGACCUUCUUCUGCUGUCCGUCACCAACUCUGAGUGGAUCCACCGUGUCAAAUAUGUAAUCUUUGAUGAGGUACAUCAAAUUGCCGGUGGCUUGCAGGGAGCGCUGUGGGAGCAGCUGCUCCUCAUGAACCCAGCGCCAUUCCUGGCCUUGUCCGCCACUGUUGCCAAUCCAGAUCAGUUCUACGAGUGGCUACAGCAUGUAGACCCCGACAAGAAGGUGCACUACAUCAACUACCAACACAGAUUCAAUGAUUUGAAGAUGUACCACUACACUCGCGAGGAAGAGGGGGAGGGACUCCGUAGGCCAAGAUACAUCAGACCCAUCCAUCCAAUGGACACUCUCAGUACCAAGACUUCGACGAACCUACUGCUUUUGCUGCCCGAGGAGGUGCUAUCGCUGUACAGACAACUGCAGGCCAAGUACAAGGGCAGGAACAAGGAGUUGAAUGAACUGGACCCAUACAAAUACUUUGCCAACGAGGUGGAGAAGGAGUACAACCUGCAGAAGUUGAAGGUCUACGAGUACCAGGCCGCCGUGAAAGGCUUUAUCGAGAAAGAGCGAAUCAUUGGCGGCGAGGACAUCGCCGACGCACUGUGCAAAUAUACAUCCAAGGAGUAUGAAGUGAUCCCGCGCUGGUCUAUCGAGUCCGAGCUUCCUGGGCUCAUUGAGGAUCUCAAGAAGAAGGACUUGCUUCCAGUCAUUGUGUUCCACUUCAGUCGUCACGGCUGCGAGAAGAUGGCCAAGAGAAUCUACCAGAGCGUUCAGGCGAAGCACAGUGACCCGGACAAAGACCGCAAGGUGUCCGAGCUGGAGUUCAAGAUCCAGGAGCUAAAGGACGAGAUCAAGAAGUCCAAGCCAGUCCAAGACGACCCCAUUUACAAGGACCUGCGCGAGCUGCAAGACAAGCUCAGCUACCUCACGACGAGAAAGGCAGAGUAUGGAACUGUCAUCAAGGACGACGUUGAUGAUGACAAGGACAGCAUCAACCCCCUCCAGAAGAGGAUGUUGCUCGAGGGCAUUGGCAUACAUCACAGCGGUCUGGGCAAAGCCUACGCGCAGAACGUCGAGGUGCUGUUCAGACGCAAGAAGAUCCAGGUCAUCAUUGCCACUGGUUCACUGGCACUCGGUGUCAACAUGCCCUGUCGCUCAGUGGUCAUCGCAGGCGACAGUCCAUACCUGAACACAUUGAUGUUCCGCCAACUGAGUGGAAGAGCUGGUCGUCGAGGAUUUGAGCCUCGUGGACAUGUCAUCUUCUUUGGUGUGUCACAGCCACGUGCCAACCAUCUGAUCAACUCGAAGCUCUCUGAUAUUGUAGGCAACAGUGUCCUGUCGACCAGCUUGACACUCAGGAUACUCAGUCGCCUGAAUCUUGUGGACAAGAUGAAAGACCAGGCGACCAAGAAGCAGGACUUGGCGUUGCUGUUGCACGCCACCAACAAGUUGAUCAACAACUCUUUCUUCCUGCGCGACAAUCCAGCACAGAAUCAAUUCAUGUUCCACUUCUCACUGGACUACUUACAUCGUCAAGGUUUCAUCGACAGAAAUGGACAAGGUGUUGGCUACGCUGGCAUCAUCUCCUAUCUUCACUACCUGGAGCCCUACAACUUCAUCCUGGCAUCACUCCUACGCGACAAUGUCUUUUCCCAGUACACCCAGGAGACCAAAGAGCAUGAAGAGACCAUCAUCAUCAUUCUUUCCUAUCUAUUUGAUCGUGUGGAGAUAUCACCAAGAAUGAAGAAGCUCUUCUCCAAGUACCUUAUGAAGAACAACAAUCUCUGCCCAUCCAUUGUCUACUUGCCAGAGCUACCAGCGAAUGCCAAGUCAUGCAUUGACAAGCAUAACAUGACCUCUGUCGAUACAUUCAAGGGAUACUUGUCAUGCUACCAGGAGCAUACAGUUGACAAGCACAACCUACUUCCCCUGCUCCCUGGCCACUCAUUUGACAAGGGAAUAGGAGGAGCCGAUGCCUCAACACCCACCUGGAGUGCCCACUGUCAACCAUACGUGGAGUCUUGCAUGGUUAGACGUGGAGUGGCUGCCAUCAAUGGCUCCAGCAACCUGGCAACAGUGUCGACGCUCACCAAGAACUUCCCAGUUGACACAUACUUUGAUCACUCACUGCUGCCAAUGUGUGAUUACAACGUAGAGUUGAAUAGCUAUCUGUUGGACUUCUACCGCCAUCAACAGCUCAAGACCUUAAAGAAGGCCAAUGACAUGCAGGAAGGAGACAUCUACAGCAAUGUCAAGGAUUUCAUUCUCGUCCUCAAGGUCAUAGGUGUCAUCUUGGAGCUCAACGAUCCAACUUCUCCCGUCACCAAGGCAUUCCUUCGUCUGUCCAGCAAGUUCAAUGACAAGUUCAAGUCUGUUGCCGCAUUUAACCAACGCUAA